CGCGAGGAAACAAAAAUUGUACGGCCAAGGGUUUUGAUAGUGGAAAAAUGGCUCUCUGACCUCCGCGAUAGAAUUGAGCCGCGAAGACAAGGCGAGACGAUGCUGCGACUACAAUGGCUUUCUUCUUCUUUGCUUCCACCAUUAUUAAACCCCGAGCUCUCGCCGGAAACCUCGCAUCUUUGUCCCAACCGUAGACUCUGUACCCUUAAUUCCUCUCGUCCACUCCUCACUCUAACCGCUACACGAAAACCGUCUCCAAAAUGCCAAUACUCAUGGAGCACGCAGCAGCAGCAGCCGCCGCCGUCCGAACCUGGUUCUCAGGCCCAUUCAUUUUCUCCACAAACUCGCGCCGGAGCUGCCGGAGCGUUGCCGCCAAGGUUUUUUGUCGGUCAUUCGAUAUACAAAGGGAAGGCCGUUCUUACGGUGGAGCCUAGGCCUCCAGAAUUUACACCUUUGGAUUCAGGGGCGUUCAAACUAUCCAGGGAAGGAUUUGUAUUGCUUCAGUUUGCCCCUGCAGCUGGUGUUCGUCAAUAUGAUUGGAGUAGAAAACAGGUAUUCUCAUUAUCAGUGACGGAAUUGGGAAGUCUAAUUGCCCUUGGCCUGAGAGACUCUUGUGAAUUUUUUCACGAUCCCUAUAAGGGAAAAAGCGAGGAAGGGAAGGUCAGAAAGAUAUUAAAAGUGGAGCCUCUUCCGGAUGGUUCUGGCCAUUUCUUCAAUCUCAGCGUUCAAAACAAGCUAAUCAACAUGGAUGAGAGCAUUUAUAUUCCCAUCACUAAAGCAGAGUAUACCGUACUUGUUGAGGCUUUCAAGUUUAUCCUGCCUCACCUUAUGGGUUGGCAUAUGAUUUCGAACACCAUGACGAGGGCAGAAGAUAGCGGCCGAGUAAAUAACGCGAAUCCUAGAUAUGGUGGAGACUUUGAAUGGAGCAGAUAGUCUUCUCUCUAGCUUUUCAUAACUUGGGGAUGAUUGUUGUUAUUGUAAUCUUUCACCAGUUUUUAUUUUAUUUUUUUUGAGAAGAUAUUUUCACUAAUUAUAUGGUAUGAUAGAUCAGUCACUUUUUUAUC